GUAUGGGUGUAUAUACGUAUGUAAUUGCGUAUGAAUGUAGCUUGUGUCUUUGAAUGUGCCGCAGCAUUUUUGAUUGUUUGUUAUCGUCAGGAAUUUGAGCAUAAGCGAUUGAUGUCCUUGCGUUGGAUAGCACUUUCCGGAUAUCAGAAACUUGCGACCAGGAUGAUCGAAAGUCAACGAGGGAAGUCUUACGAAGAUCGGCUAAGUAGCUUGGGAUUAUUUUCCUUGGAACGGCGUAGGUUGAGAGGGGAUUUGAUAGAGACGUUAAAGAUCAUUAAGGGACUUAGUGGUAUUAGUUCCACACAUCUGUUUGAGUUGGCCAUGUCAGACCGUCUGCGCGGUCAUCGCCUGAAGCUCAAACAUCAUAGAGUUCGUUUGGACAUCAGAACAAAGUUUUUUACGAACCGUGUAGUUAACUUCUGGAAUAAACUUCCUUCUGAUUUAGUGGAGUCUGAGACCGUAGAAGCCUUCAAAAGGGGCUUAGACGAUUGUUGGUCCAUCAAUUUUCCAGAGAUAUUGCAGUUGUACUGGAAUAUGUAGUAUAUUUUGAUGCUGGCAUAUGAAAGUGCAAAGAUUGCUCUUGUUCUUGCUUCAUUCCAUUGCAGAGGCAAGAAGAAACAAUCCAACGUCGAAGUGCCGGGGGCCGCUUCACUUACCGGCACAAGAACUGGACGCUCGUUAGGCGGAAACCUCUAUCGUCCGUUUAACCUGACCUGACCUGACAUUCCUUAGGGUCUUUUGACACUUGGACUGUUGCAGCUGCAAGGGAACUGAG